AUGUCGGGAAAAUUCAAGACAACAACAAUGUACAAACAUCGCACAAGAAAUGGUCAAAGAAUGUUUGGAGGAAUGAGUCAAGAUGUUGAUCGAGUAUUACCCGAACAUAUACAAGACAAAUCACCCCCACCUUCUUAUGAAGAAGUGAUAGGACAACAUCAGUCAUCUUUAAAACAAGAUCAAAAUGAGUUACCUCCCUUGUCAUAUAUUGAUAUCAUGCCUAGAUGUCUUGAAGUUGGUGCUGUAGACAGAAAAGUUCCACCAAAGUUUGAACCAUUUAGUGCCAUUAUAGAGAACGCCAAUGAAUGGUUAAGAUGUAACAGUGGUAUGAAGGUGUGGAGAUGUGAAACUGUCGAGAGAAAGAUAGAAAAGGGUACAAUAGUAAAUCUAGAUUCAACUUUAAUACAUGAAUCAACUUAUGGUUUCAAUGUUUACGUCAUAGGCUUAAGAUUGUGGUUGACAAAGAAAUCGGACGAGAAAACACCAACCCAACAGUUGGCGGUGUAUAACGUUAUACCGCAAGAAAAAGAAGUUCCUAUAAGAUUUAGUACCCGUUUUGGGGGAGGGUCGGGAAUUGUCGGCGGAGCUUAUAUUGUUGGACCAGGUCUUGGUAGAGGAAUUCAUACACAAAUAACGACAUGGACGACGUACGAGGGGCUGAAUAAGACAUUGGAGAGAACCAACGAGGAACUGAAAACAUCGCCUUUACCUGGCAAAUACUAAAUAUUGAAACUUCAACCAUAAAAUUUGCUGAACGU